AUGUAUAAAUAUACUGAUGAUUUUCCUGUUGUGUUGGAAUCUACGGGUAAAAACAUACGCAGACUAGAAGAUCCUGUUUUGUCAGAGCCAAAAAGAUUAAAGUUGCAACAACCAGAAACAACCACCAUGUCACAUCAGCAACAAUCGAAGCCAAGUGGUAUUACUUCAUCGUUUCCAAGUACCCACUCAUCAAGCGCUAAUUCUACAACUAUGCACCACGACUCAUUAAGAGGAACCUUCACUCCAUUAACAACCACUAAUUCGUUUGAUGGCAAAAACAAUUAUUUUGCCGCUGUGUCAAUGAUCAAUGAGAAGCAUUUUGUCAAAGACCAGCAGCAGCUGGAACAGCUUACAAUAGUUAGUACCUAUGAUUGUCCUUGUGGUCAUAUGCAUGGACCGGGACAAGGCCACCAUGAAGACAUUGGUGCUGUUGGCUUUGCUGACUUCCCUUUGCUUAGAGGACCUGAUUAG